UUUAUUUGGCGCAGCGCUCCCAGCGCCUGCAGCUGGCUGGAGCCGGCGGUGACAUCACGAGCCCGGGCAGGCCACGUGACCCACGGCCUCUCCUCCCCCGCCCCCUCGCGUCGCCGCGGUCUUCGAGCCCAGUGUCCCGCCGCAGCGGCCACUCGGAGCUCUCGGUGCAGUGCGAGCCAAGGGUCGGGCGAGCGGUCGGAGCGUCUGGGCGCCCAAGGAGAGGGGCAGGAGCAGCGGACCGUGCGAGCGGAGCCCGGGACGAAGCGAGUGACGCUCUCGCAAACUUGUGCGAGCGCCGGAGCUAUGAAGAUGGUCGCGCCCUGGACUCGGUUCUACUCCCACAGCUGCUGCCUUUGCUGCCAUGUCCGCACCGGCACCAUCCUGUUGGGCGUCUGGUACCUGAUCAUCAACGCUGUGGUCCUGCUGAUGCUGCUGAGUGCCCUGGCAGAUCCCGAUCAGUAUCACUUUUCAGGCUCUGAACUAGGAGGUGAAUUUGAGUUCAUGGAUGAUGCCAACAUGUGCAUUGCUAUCGCAAUCUCUCUCCUCAUGAUCCUGAUAUGUGCCAUGGCUACUUACGGUGCAUACAAGCAACACGCCGCCUGGAUCAUCCCAUUCUUCUGUUACCAGAUCUUUGAUUUUGCCCUGAACACUUUGGUUGCAAUCACCGUGCUGGUGUAUCCAAACUCCAUUCAGGAAUAUAUACGACAGCUGCCUCCCAGCUUUCCCUACAGAGAUGACAUAAUGUCCGUGAAUCCAACCUGUUUGGUCCUUAUUAUUCUUCUGUUUAUUGGCAUUAUUUUGACAUUUAAGGGCUACUUGAUUAGCUGUGUUUGGAGCUGCUACAGGUACAUCAAUGGCAGGAACUCCUCUGAUGUCCUGGUUUAUGUGACCAGCAAUGAUACCACGGUGCUGCUGCCUCCAUAUGAUGAUGCCACAGCCGUGACUGGCACUGCCAAGGAGCCACCGCCACCUUAUGUGUCUGCCUGAACCUGGUGUGGAGGAGCUGAGACGGCAGUGUGAGCCCACAGCUGCGUGAAGAAUGAUCCUGUGGUCUCACUUCCAUGCUGAGCUCUUUGAGCCUGUUUGUUGUUAAACUACCAUGUUUUAUAAUUUAGAUGUGAGGUUGAGGCCUCUGUUGUUUGACAUAUACCCUGUAGCUACCGCACCGAGUAGGGUUACUUUGGUAGGAGUGGGGUGUGAUGAGUUCCCAGAGUUUUUCUCAAAACUACAGACUGCGUUCCCCAGUCUGGUUUAUACCUGCCUGGCCCCAAAGCUGGGUAGUCAGUCAUCCUUUUCCUCUCCAUUUCCUCUGACUGUUUUGAACAUGUAAAAUCAAAAUUAGAUAGUACUUAAAUCAUUCCAGUAUCCCUAAUACAAAUAAUAUUAAUUGCUCUAAUUAGGUAGUUAGGAACCCUUACAGAUGUGAUAUAAGAAUUUCCUUAUUAUCCCCAAAUUCAGUGAUAUUCUGAAAUUUGCUAGUCAAGGAUUUGGGGCUAAAUAAAAGACCCUGAGGCGAUAGUGAGGGACAGUGAGGGCAAGAGCUGCCCGGGCUGCCCGUUGUUUUGGGCUAUGGCUGAUGUGUCUCUCUGUGUGAGAGGGGGACCAGCUUGCUUGGCCCUGAAAGACUCCAUUCAGUUUUCCUCAGUGUCUUGCCUCAGCAAAUCCCUUGCUUUGUUGAGCAGAACCACCCAUGUAUGUUUGGGAAAAGGUGUUCACACUCUUUCCUUGCAAGGCAUAACCUACUUUGAAUUUCUUGUAUGCCUAAUCAUUUAUUAAAAUGUCAGGCAGUCUUCAGAAAGAUAGGAAAGCUUGUUCCCAUGUGGACUGCUCUAGACUGUCGGGAUCGCGAACAGUGUCUAUGUUCUUGUCUCUGAAUGUGAGCCGCUCUUCUGCUUGGUCAUUGCGCAAUGUGCUGUACACGAAGGCUUUGCAAUUAAAGUUUGUCUGCAUCCAAGAGAACA